UAUUCCACAAUAAUCGUGGGAUGCUAAAGGAUACAAAAUAAAAAUUAUUCAACUAGAUCAUACAAGGUUGAAUAUCCCAUAAUAUUCGUGGAGCAUAUAAAGGACAUAUAAAUUUAAAGUACUUACCCUCUGUAAAUCCAAUGAAAAAUGUGCAGCUAAAAGAUGGGUAACUAAAUAUAAGAUAGACCUAAGUUUUGUCGGGAAAAUAAUUGAAGUUUAACAAGUUACUUCAGUCCCUUUUGUUUGUGUUCCCAUCCCAUAAAGUAGAAACAAGUUCAAGUUAUGCUAAAAGUAAUGUUUUGGAUCGUAGUUGAAAGCUCUUCAAAAACCCCCUUUUCACUGGAUAUCCUUUUUUGGUCUGCAUUCAAAGCAACAAAAAUACGGCGGUUCCUAUAUAAACCACAGUAUUAGUCUUCCUUCUAUCUCAUCUUCUCAUCUCCUUCCUUUCAAAUUCAACCUUCAAAACAUGGGGCUAAGAGGUGAGAGUUCAGGGUCAUUUUCCACAGGACAGACUGCACAAGAGAAAGGCUUAAACUAUGUCCCUAAUGCUUAUGUGAUUCCUACCCCACAGCGCCCGAGUUUGUCCCCAGAGACCGCCAUUGUUCCCAUCAUUGAUAUGGCUUCUCUAAGAUCAAAUGAUUCAGCUGAAAGGUCCCUCGCCAUUGAAGCGCUCAGAAAAGCUUGCAUUAGCCUCGGCUUUUUUCAGGUAAAGUUUCAAUUCUUUACACUGAUUCUAGAAACUGGAGAGAUUUAUAUUAGCUACCUAUUAACUUCAAUCUGUUUUCUUCAGAUAAUCAAUCAUGGAAUCAGCAAAACGGUGAUGGAGGAAGCACUAAGCCAAGCCAGGGAGUUCUUUAACUUACCACUAAAGGAGAAGAUGAAGUAUAAGUCAGAUGAUGUUAGCAAAGCAGUCAGGUAUGGAACAAGCUUGAAAGAUGGAGUAGACAAAAUAAAGUUUUGGAGAGUUUUCCUCAAACACUAUGCUCAUCCAUUGGAAGAUUGGGUAGACUCCUGGCCCACCAAUCCACAUACUUAUAGGGAAAAGAUGGGACAAUACACCAAGGAGGUGAGAAAAGUAAGCUUAGAGAUAGAGGAAGCCAUAACUGAAAGCUUGGGUUUAAGACCAUACCUCAGCAGCAAAAUGGCUGAAGGAGUCCAGGUAGUGGCAGUAAACUGCUACCCGCCAUGUCCACAGCCAGGGGUCGCACUUGGGUUGCCACCACAUACAGACUACAGCUGCAUAACCACAAUUCUACAAAGCAGCCAGGGACUUGAAAUCAUGGACCGGGCUGAUGGGAAAUGGAAGAUGGUUCCUAAUGUUGAUGGCAGUCUGCAGGUCCAUGUGGGCGAUCAUGUGGAGGUUCUAAGCAAUGGGCUUUACAAGGGUGUCGUCCACAGAGCCAUUGUCAAUUCUGAGAGAACAAGAAUCUCCAUUUCCAGUCUACACAGCUUGGGAAUGGACGAGAAAAUGAAGCCUGCAGAAGAGCUUGUGGAUGAACAAAAUCCUAUUAAGUAUAAAGAAAGCAGCUUCAAUGAUUUUCUCAAAUUUCUCUCCAGCAACGAUCUUGCAGAAGGAAAAAGCUUCAUCGACACACUCAAGAUCCAGAAUUAA